GUGUGAGCGCACACGGGAAGCGUAACAACCGGAAACCGAGGCCGGAACCGUACGGAAUCGUGCGGAUACACUAUUUCAAUCUGUACCUAAUGUCCACGACCCAGGAGAACCGUACAGUUCGCAUCUCGUUGGUACAGAUAUCACGCCGCCGGCCUUGUUAUCGUUGUCCACGAACAUCUCCACGUGAUCGGUAUAAAAGAAUCGGAAAGUUGAAGACUGUAGUGCAGGAAUAAGAAAGGAUCCCGAUAUACAAACCACAUGUCAAGAUCAUCAUUGACAGAUCUCGAGGAUCCCGAUGAACGACUAGCAGCGAACGACACAUGACACACGUACGCGACCAAGUGCAAACCUUGCGAAAAAUAGGAGAAGAGAAAGUGGACCCGCGACCGGAUAUGUGGUGGAUUCUGUUGCUGAGUUGCUGGUUGUUCUCUUCGUCGCAGGGCAUGACCUGGUACCCGUCGACGACCUUGAAUGCAAUGCUCGGCGAACAGAUAGAUCUCGUAGGUGCCGUGAACGCGAGCUACGCGCCCGACUGGAGGAGAAGUUUCGUGAACAACGGAGUUAAUGAUGCGACGGGCAAUGAGGAAUCUGCCGAUUCAAUCGAUUCGCGACAACCUCCCGUCAAUUCCGUCGAUCGCGAACCGUUGGACGAAGUGGAGCGCAUCGAGCCCAGGCAGUGGCCAGGUAGGCCGGAUAUCCUUCCGACCCGCAGCACUGCGCCUUUCACCACGGAAACGUCUCUGUCAUCUGGACCUCCAUAUCCUACCACUCUUGCGCAAAGAAAUCCCUCCUCACAAAGAUUCCCUACGAUUACGGCACCACCGCCGACAGUCACCGUCGAUGAAGUCUUUUGCGACUUCGGACCGUCUCCCUCGAUGCCGCUCUGCGAGUGGCAAAAUGGUAACGCCGCAUUGGAUUGGAUGUCUGGUACCGGGAUGGGUACUAACUGGUUGGGUGGGCCGGCAGCUGAUGCUACGAGUAGCACUAUGGAAGGAGGGUAUGCCUUUGUGGAGACGUCGUAUGUACCAUCAAAGGAUCUGAAGUUCAAGAGCUCCGGUGGUCUUCUGCACAGCCCACAGUUAGGCAGCACCGGAGUUUCCGGCACUUGCUUCAUGUUCAAGUACACCAUGGACGGCCUCAGCAUCGCAGGGCUGCGAGUGCUGCUGCACGUCGGCGUGGACGAGUUCUCGUUCAAGAAAGAACAGCCCGGGGAGGAACCCGCAGAAAAUGCCACGGUGCCGAUACCUUGCGAACCGGUGGAGGUCGCGGAGGAGCGCGUGCUGUGGCACGCACAGUAUUAUACGCUCGGAUUAUGGCAACCAGCACAAAUACUCUACACGUACCCCAAACUGCACUCGGUGAUCAUCGAAGGUGUGCCGGUGGACUCCACGGACCCAUCGCGUCUGUAUCGCGGGUACAUCGCCAUUGAUGACAUAGACCUGCAGCCUGGCACGUCGUGCGUUGGAUUCUGCAACUUCGCCGGUGGCUUCUGUGACUGGAGUAACGACGCGGAAGAUGAUUUCGAUUGGACCAUAAGUCAUGGCAGCGACAAUCCCACUACUGGCCCGGCAAUGGACAGCUCCAGCGAUCGCGCCACCGCAGGCGGUUACGCGUACAUCGAUUCCAGCUUCCCGCGACGACCUGGCGACACGGCGAAGCUGAUAAGCUCGAACUUCCCGUCGACCAGCGCAGAUGCGCCGAUGUGCAUGCACUUCUGGUUCCACAUGUUCGGAUCCGGGAUCGGUUACCUCAAGCUCUACCUACGUCACUUUCGCAGCUCGGACAACCAGCUGCAGGAGGUUUGGGGACUAUCCGGGAAUGCCGGUAACGCUUGGUUCAUGUCGCAGGUGACGAUCAGCUCGCUCGACGACUUCCAAUUAAUGUUCGAGGCGUCGGUGGGCAACACCGGCAUGGGUGAUAUCGCCAUUGAUGAUAUCUCGUACGGACAAGGUGCCUGUCCCAUCUCGCCGCAAGUAGCCGGCCCGAUUCCGCGAGACUGCACCUUCGAAGUUGACGAGUGCGAGUGGAUCAACACGCGCGACCCGGACCGCGUCGAGUGGGAGAGAGUGUCCACGCAGGUGUUGGGUCCGAGAAAUCAGAGAAAGCCCUACAGCAACGGACACACGGUUAACCGACGCAAUGAGUUCUUUCUGGGACUCGCGCGGCUGCGGGGUGGUCCGCGAUCGUCCGGAGGCGGCACUGCUCAGCUGGUCAGUCGGGAGAUGAAGGGUUCCGAAGAACCGCUAUGUGUUACGUUCUGGUACUUUAUGUUCGAGCCCUUCAUCGACUCCACAGGACCUAGCUUGGGCGUCUUGCGAUUAUACGUACAAACAGUCGGCGACACGUCGACGGAAGCCAAGCCGAUAUGGCAAUUAUAUAAUAACCAAGGUCCUACGUGGAGCUACGCUCAAUCUAACAUCAACGAGAAGACAGAUUUCAACAUCGUUUUCGAGGGUACUUGGGGCCCGAAUAGAGCGAGUGGUAGCAUAGGAAUCGACGAUAUUGCAUUUUACACGGGAAACUGUAGUGUGAAACCACUGAGCGCCGCAGUCCGCGCAGAGGACUGCAGCUUUGAAAAGGGUCUGUGCGGGUGGGAGAACACGACUGUCUCCGAUAACGACCGGGCAGUGAUGUGGCAACGCGCCUUUCAAACCCACCGACCGGCUCAGCUGUUGGACAGAACGUUCGGCGCGACAGGCGACUUUGUGUUCUUCGAUAUCUUCACAAACAACAAGCAGUCGACGACGGUACAGCUGCGAUCGCCUGUCGUCAGCGCUUCACCCGACGAGGAGUUCGUCUGCUUCACCUUCUGGUUCGCUGCCUUCGGCGUGGAGGAGUCCACUACUCUGCGGGUGAUUAAGGCACCUGCUGAAGAAGAUGGUAACGAGGAGAGCAACGGCGAGCAAGAGCAGGAGCAAGUGUUAUGGUCACUGACCGCGAAGGGAUUGAACAAUCCACGACCAGUGUGGAUGGCGGCACAAGUGACGAUUGAGACGCGCACCUCGUAUCGAUUGAUCCUCGAGGGAAGUGCGAGUAACGGUGGCUUUGCCGUUGACGAUAUAAAGUUUCAGCCUCUGGCAUGUGCAAUUCGGCCAGGCACCGCCCAACCGGUUGAAAACGAAACAUAAGAAAAAUACUGGCAGAGAUAAGAAGAAUACUGAUAACGAGAUAAAGAAGAAAUUCUCCGUUGUAUUCUCCGUUGUAGUAAUAAUAUUUUUUUUAAAUCGAUUAGUAGCUAUUAUUUAUGUGUACAAUUAUAACAGUAGUGCAAGUAGAACACGCAAUAAACCUGGUUCUGCUUAGAAUAAAUCAUGCGAUUAUUAUAUAGUUAAUCAAACAAUUGUAUAGCAAAAGUAGGCGCUGCUUUUACAGUAAUUUUGAUGAUAUUAAUCAUGUAUUUUAUUACGUAAUAUGAAAAUGUAUGAACAUUUUAGUUACAUACAUAACGCAUA